AUGACACGUAAGUUCAUCACCACUUUAACUUUAACAUCCAUUAUAGCCUCUCUAGGCUCUGCAGGUAUCCUACCAGAAAUUGCCCAAGAAGCUUUUAAUUUACCAAUCGAAGAAAAUAUCCCUGAUGCUAUUGAUUUUGGUAGACAAUAUACUCAUCAUUCUAAUGAUGGCGACUUCUUAGCAGCUUUUAAACCACAUAUUCCUUAUUGGUUAAAACCAAUGGUUGACUCUGAAAAACUACAGAGCAAGAUUGAAUUAGAGGAUUUGAAUUCAACUGCUUGGGAGUUAUAUGAUAUCGCAACCCAUUCUGAAAAAAAAUAUGGACAUCCUACUCGUGUUAUAGGUUCACCGGGUCAUUGGGAUACAAUCCGUUUUAUCUUAGAACAGUUCGAAGAUAUGAGAGAUUACUACGAUGUUUCAUUACAAACUUUCAAAGCCUUGAGUGGCAGGAUAAAUUCUUUUAAUUUAUCUGAAUCCAAAUCUGGCGAAAACUUUCCAAAUAUUUCAGGCUUUUCCCUAUCUCCUCCCGUUAAACCAUUUGUUGGAAAACUAGUGGAAAUUCCAAAUCUAGGUUGUAGUGAAGCUGAUUUUGAAGCUGUAGAACCACCUUCUAACUCUGGAGUUAAGCAAAUUGCAUUAAUUGAAAGAGGUUUAUGCCCAUUUGGUGACAAGAGUAAAUUAGCAGGUAAGUUUGGCUUCCAUGCCGCUGUUAUUUAUGACAAUGACCCAAACGCCACUGAUGGCUUACAUGCUACUUUAGGAAAACCAAAUAAGAAUACUGUCGCUACCAUUGGUGUUCCAUUUGAAUUAGGUAGAACAUUUAUUGAUAACAUUUAUGCUGAUCCCGAUUACUCCUUAUAUUUCGCUAUGGAUUCUUACGUUGAAAAUAUUAAAACUAAAAACAUUAUUGCUGAAACAAGACAUGGUGAUGGAAACAACAUUGUUGCUUUAGGUGCUCAUUCUGAUUCUGUUGAAGAAGGCCCAGGCAUUAAUGAUGAUGGUUCUGGUACUAUUUCUUUAUUGACCGUUGCUAAACAAUCAACUCAUUUCAAGAUUAACAAUAAGGUUCGUUUUGCUUGGUGGUCUGCUGAAGAAGAAGGUUUAUUGGGUUCCAAUUAUUAUGCUUACCAUUUAUCUGAAAAGGAAAAUAAAAAAAUUAGACUUUUCAUGGAUUAUGACAUGAUGGCCUCUCCAAAUUAUGAAAAUGAAAUUUAUGAUGCUAAUAAUAUUGAUAAUCCAAAAGGCUCUGAAGAAUUAAGAGAUUUAUACAUUGAUUUCUAUAAACAAAGAGGUCUAAAUUAUACUUUAAUCCCAUUUGACGGUAGAUCUGACUAUGUUGGUUUCAUUGAAAACGGUAUCCCAGCUGGUGGUAUUGCUGCUGGUGCUGAAAAGGAUAAUGUAUUCAAUGGUGGUGUUCUAGAUAAAUGCUACCAUUUAUUAUGUGAUGAUGUAUCAAAUCUAAACUGGGAGGCAUUCUUAACAAAUACCCAAUUAAUUGCCCAUUCAGUUGCUACUUACGCUAAAUCACUCAAAGGAUUCCCAGAAAGAGAAUCUAAGAAUGAAACUGCCUCUAUCUCCGCCUUGAAAACAACUCCAUUAUUCAAAUAUCAAGGUAAUGCUUUAGUUAUUUAA